UUAAAAAAGAUAGAAAUAUUGGGGAAAGAAUGAGUUUAUGUAUUAUUCACGGUGAAAGAAAACUAUUUUACAAUGGAAGCAUAACCUUCCUAGAUGAGGAUAUAACCCUUCUCUGCAAACAAUAUGUUUGACUCUAUCACAAAAUACUCAGAUACCCCCCUACACAGUAAAAGAACUCUAUUUAUAUUCACUCUGACCGCUUCCCCCUUUACAACCGACACCUCCACACCCUUAACUCCUAAACCCAUCUAUUAUAUCAUCCUAUAUCCUAACAUUACACCCCCUUUCCAAACAACCUUGUCCUCAAGGUUGGAAAAAAAAAACUGGGUCGCUUGGCUCUUCUACAUCAUUUUGUUUUCAUCUAAAGAUAGUUAACAAUUUUUUUCUCUUCUUCCAACUCCAAAACUUUUUUUCUGUAAUGAUGCUUUGUGGCAAAUUUUCUCUCAGCUAGAACCCAAGGUAGUGGGUCUGCAACACUGACCAUAAUUCCACUUUCUCACAAAGUGGAGGCAAAUUUUCUCUCUCCCGGAACCCAAGGUAGUGAGUCUGCAACACCACUUGCAGCUAUGCUCCCUGCUCCCCCGUCAAAUCAGCUUGCCACUCAUCUUCCACUUGUUUCCCCACUUGGUCCCGUUUCCACACAAUUGCCCAUGCCUCAACAUUUAUUAAUUUUGACUCAACCAGCUGUCGGGAUACAGCUUGGUGACCACUUAUCCGAAUCCUUUUACCCUCUAGGUAACACACCAUGCUCAUCUCUUCCCAAUUAAUCAGUAAUUCUCCCAACUUGCCUAGCCAUGCAACACCUAAUAUGGCGUCGAGCUCGCCUAAAUCGAACGCAUAAAAUUCUUCGUCCAAGAUUUGAUGUUAUUCCACAGCAUGGUAAGAAUCAAUGGUCUGGGGUGUUUUACAAUAUUGUCUCAAAAGCGGCAAUAGUAGGAACUUUGUUAGGAGUGGAUGGAAGCUAUGAUAACAGAUUGCAGGUGAUGAGCGCAGAACUUCAUUUGCCUUCGCCUGUUUUAUUGACCAGGGAGUGUUAUUUUGGAAGGUACAGCAAGCAGUUAUCUCAUAACACAUGGGGGGUUGUAGAUGUAUCAUUGGAGAAAUUUCUUCCUUCCCCAACCACCAAUUUUCGGAAAAAACCAUCUGGAUGUUUGAUUAAGUUAAUGCCUAAUGGACACUCUAAGGUCACAUGGGUGGAGCAUGUAGAAGUAGAAGAUAAUCAAGUGGACCAUUAUUUCCAGUCUCUAUUCACCUCCACUCUAGCUUUUGGCGCAAGCCGUUGGAUUAAUUCCUUAAUUCGAUAUGGUGAAUGGUUACAAACUCUAUUCGUAACACCGUUGGUUGCUGAUGAAGGAGUUUUUAUAGCACAAAUGGGGAAGACCAGUUUGCUGCAACUGGCAGAUAGAAUGAUGAAAACAUUUUGUGGAAACGUGAGUUCCACCGCAGACAAUCCGUGGACCCAAAUGGCUCAUUCCCCAUACGUGAGAAUCAUGGUGAAGAAUAACAUGGGAGAAGCUGGAAAGCCUCCAGGUACAUCCGUUGUUUUCACAACUUCUGUUUGGCUUGAUGUCUCCCGGACUCGACUGUUCAACUUCCUCCGCCAUGGGAAUUCCAGAACCAAGUGGGAUUUACUUUCACGUAGACAUAAUAUUCGAGAGUUUGCUUCAAUGCUGAAGGGUGAAAAUCCAGGAAAUCGUGUUUCCCUGAUGAGUGCCCAUAAUUCACAGGGCAAGCUUGUAAUCUGUUUUCUGCAAGAGAGUUACACAGACUCAACAGGUUCGUAUAUAGUGUAUGCUCCACUGGAUGAGUCAGCUGUGGCAGCUCUUAUACACGGAGCCAACCCUGACAAAGUGAUGAUCCUACCAUCAGGAUUUAGCAUUCUUCCUGAAAGGUUGCAUGGAGAUGAAGAUAGAAACAGUCGAAGUCUUCUAACUAUUGCAUUCCACAUAGUUGAAAGUACCACUAAUGAGCCAUAUCUCGCUCCUGAAUCAAUCGAAACCAUUUACAAAGUCAUUUCAGAUACUGUUUACUCUAUAACAAACUCAGUGCUGUAUCAUAAUCAUCGCAACAAUUGGAUGGAUGAUUCAAAUUUCUAGUUACUUCCUAAAUGACUUUGCUUUGGAGCUUUGCAUUUGAUGUGAGAAAAUAUUUAAUGCAGUGUUUAUGAAUGUUUUCGCUCUUUCACG